AUGGACAUAUUGCUUCAGUUGUGCCAGACUCCAGCACAUAAUUCAGCACAACUGCAGCAAGAACUGUCUGAAAAAGUGCUGGAGGUUGCCAGAAAACAUCAUCUGGACCUUAGCCAGCCCGAGAAACUUAGUGUUGGAAUUCAUAAUCCUCUAAGUGAAGCUUGUCUGAAAGGAAAUUUAGCCAUUGUGAAGCUCUUCCUUGAUCAUGGUGCCAGCUUGAACUUCUUGGAUUCUGAAGGCAGGUCACCAUUGUUCCUGGCCAUCUCUGGUUAUUUUAACACGCAUGAAAGCAUUGCCCAACUGUUGAAGUGGGGUGCAAAUGUCAAUCUUCACAAGCAUGGAAGAUGUCCUCUUCUCACCUCAUUUUACAGUAUGAAACAUGAGACAACAAAGCUGUUGAUCAAACAUGGGGCCAAUAUAAACAAUGUCAUCUUACCAACAUUUUGUUUUGUGGAGGCUGUUUUUGCCCUUAACUCAAACUUGGUCAUGAUGGCAUCAGGUGUCAGAUUUCAUCUGGAAAAUUUCUCUGAUUUAGUGUCCCUGGCAGUGGACAUAAUUACAGCUGGUUUGUCCCCCAGGAUGUUCUAUUUAUCAGGGAGGAGAUUUCUUCUGGGAGGUUUCACAGCAAAGGAGCUGUCUCAGCUGUGGAGCUUCCAACACCUAUGCUUGAUUUUAGGUUUUAAAAUUGAAAGAACUUCACUCCAAGAUGCAAUAAAUGAGCUGCACAAUUCAUUAGCCACCGAACAGAACUCCAAACGAAAAGCUGUACUGAAAGACAGACUGGACAAAUUAUGCUGGACGCAGGUUUUUUUAUCGGAACCUUUACCGCUGACAUAUCUGGCACGGAUAGCCAUCAGAGGGCAUUUAGUGCAGCCACAUGUGAAUAAAGGACGACAUAUUAAUGAGAAUAUAGACAUGUUACCAUUGCCUGCAAUGUGUAAAGGCUUUCUUAAUUUGCAGCGUUGUACUAUACAAGGGAUUGCGGAUUAUAUGUAUUAG